GUGCGCGCGCACAGCGGAAGUGUUCGACACCUCACGCGAACAUAGUGUGUUCGCUAGCGAGAAGAAGCUCAGCCGCCACAAUGUUUUCCUGCACAACACAAACUAAAAGAUGCUCGUGGUUGUUCGCGUUAUUUGUGCUCACGUACUUGACGUCGGAGCGAGCUUCAGCCAAACCAGAAAGCCUGAAAGAAGUGACAGACGCAAACUGGGAGCAAAUCCUGAGCGGAGAGUGGAUGAUUGAAUUCUACGCGCCGUGGUGUCCAGCAUGCCAGCAGCUGCAGUCGGUGUGGAAGGAGUUUGCGGACUGGGGGGAUGACAUGGGAGUCAACAUAGCCAAGGUGGACGUGACAGAACAACCCGGUCUGAGCGGACGCUUCAUCAUCACUUCACUUCCUACUAUUUACCAUUCUAAGGAUGGUGUUUUUCGGAAGUACCAGGGUGCUCGCACCAAAGACGACUUCCUCAGCUUUGUUGAUGAGCAAAAAUGGAAAUUAGUGGAACCAGUUUCAUCUUGGUUCGGACCAUCCUCAUUUUUAAUGAAUUCAAUGUCUGCUUUGUUCAAGCUCUCCAUGUUUAUCCGGCGUUGCCAUAACUACAUGACAGAGCAGCUGGGGAUCCCUGUCUGGGGGUCUUAUGUUAUCUUUGGUCUGGUCACUCUGUUCUCUGGACUUGCAUUGGGCCUGUUACUGGUGUUUAUCGCAGAUUUUGUGUUUCCCUCACGUCGAUUUUCUUCGCCUGAUUACUAUCAGAAGAGACAAACAAUGGAGCAGGCGAGGCUAAUCAAGCAACAGGAUGAUGCACAUGAGGCUGAUGGUGAGGAGGAUGAUGAUGAAGAGGAGGAAGAGGAGGAUGGAGACCAGGACGAGGUCUGGAGGCGGAGGAGGAGGUCCCCAGAGGGUCGCCCAGAGCCAAAGGGACAGGGUCUACCUGACGAAACUCUGAGGAAGAGGGUGGUGUGCAGCCGCGAGGAGGAAGAGGACACCUAGAGCACUGGCUGGAGCUUCACACGGCCCCUAUGCCACAGAGUCAGCAGAGAUGGAAGAGCCUUGGUUCCGAGCAGCAGUGUUUACAGCAGGGAGCCCUGAACCUCCUCCCUAACCUCUUCCUUCCCCACCACCUCUGGGACCGAGAACCACACCGCUUCCUUUCUCCUCUUUCCCUCAUUUUAAACGGGAGUUCUUCAGACUCCCACCACCGCUCUCUCCGCCAGAGCAGCAGCAUCCACCUGGGAAAAGCCAAGACACCAGUUUUCACCUGUGGAAUGAAAUCGCCUGGCUGUCGUUUAGGUAUGGAGUGCAGAUUUUGCGAUCGUUGUUUCUGCUAUGCAUUGUUUUUUAACAUUUUGUUUGUCGUUUUGUCUGAUGUAUUAUUCUUAUUUCUUGCAUUUGAGGUUUCAUUUUUGUGUAUGUUCCAAAUAAUUUAACAAACCCUGACGGCUCAACCCAGCGUAACAAACAGUCAAUGAUGAAGAGACGAGUGAAGAGAAAUGUGCUUUUUAGUUGUGACUGUGUGGUUCCAGCUCAGCAGACACAUUGGUACAACAAACACUCACUCACAUUGCUACAGAAGAGCAACCCAACAAAUGUGGGUUAGUCAAGAAUAACAUUGACUGCAACUGUUUCACGUUGUACAGACUGGGUAGAUGGCAGAGCACUGUCUCGCUGACCAACAGCUGGACCUUGGUUUUGUUAUGUAGAUGUUUCCUGUGGUUGCUUCACAAUAAAAGCCGUCCUGUGUUUACAGUUGAAUGCUUUUAAUUUGAACCAGCAGAAGGAAGUGCUCAGUUUGCAUUAACGCAUCAAUGAUCAGAUUAGUGUUUCUACUGGCUCCUUCCACGCUGAGUAUAGUUAAAUUAAAUGGAGCGUAAUCAUAAACCAGUAAUGCCUUAAACUGUCAACACUGGGACAACAACAGACAACAAGACAAUGGUCACAUUACUUACACACCCGCUCACCUCUUUAUAUUUAAAGCAUGUCUUCAAACGGUGCACUCCUCUGCGACUCCACCACCGUUUCCUGUGACCUAAGUAACAAAUGCAGUAUUUUUCACACAUUAUUUGUGUGUGAGUGAAGAUGGCUUAAGUCUAGCCUGGAAAUAGACUCUACCAUACAUACAGCAGAGGCUAGGUUUGAGUCAUUACAAAAAUCUUAGGGACAAUAACCCACAGGUUUGAAUCGCCACUAGUUUUUUAUUUUUUAUUUUUUUGGCAUCUUCUCAACACAUGUAUGUGCAUAAAUUGUUUGCAGGAAUUUAUUUAACUCCAGUUUAAGAGCUACACUGUUUUUACAAGACAGUUAUAGUGUAUCAUUAAUCAAGGAGUUUUCUCUUAAAUCUUAAAAUCUUGUAAUUGUUUACUUCAGUAGCCCAGAUGUGUUGUCCAUCUGACAGCAGGUUUAAAUUACAUGCAUGCUGUAACAUUGAGGUCCAGAUCCGCUCCCAGGUUCCUACAUGGGCACCAAUGGAACAGGACGAGGACACGAAAGAAGCUGUUUGGUUGGCAAGAGGAGGCCAAUACUUUAAUACUGUGUAGUUGAACCACUUCACACCGGAAUGUCCUCAGUCUGAAAAUGUGACGUGGAUUUAGCUGAAGGAGUUCAUGAACACGCUGGAGCCUGAAGGAAAUGUGUGUGUAGAACCAGCUUAACAUGUCAGUCUGCCGUUUGUGAGGCUAAUUUAAUUUAAUGCAGUUUUUUGUUAUUCCUCAUUAUUACUGUUUUCGGUGAUGGAUUUAACUUUUUUACCCAAUAACUAUUUAUGGCUUGUAGCAUUCACAUGAUUCUGAUCCGCCUGAGCUUCUUCUCAUUUGAACUUUCAUUUGAAUAAAGGGUUAACUCUGCAAA